UCCUUAUUUUCGUUUUCCUUGGGCUUGGGCGUCGCUUCCAUGGUCGCUUCUAUGGGCGCUUUCUGUUUGGAGUGUGAAGCGAGGCUGUGAGCGAGUGUGGAGAUGCAUCGGCCUAUCUGCGACGUUCUUUCGACCUCGACGGACUGCUCGAGAUCGCAAUGAUCUCCGUCGAAAUGAAUUCUUCACGUCAAUUAAGAGCGCCGAUCUACGUUGCUGCGCUGCUGGUGUUUCACGCAGCGGGAGCUUACCGGAGCUAGCCCGACUUGCGUGUUUGACUCAUCGAUUGGCGCGCGGAUGCGAUGAAUCCCACGACGAUCGCUCUGUCUGUUCUCGUCCUAGCCGCGGUUUGCUUGGCAGACUCGGAGCGGCGACGAGAUCGGACGGGCUGCUCUUCCAUGGGGUGUGCCGAAGAGAAACGUGAGCUGUCAGCUGGCGAGAAGGCAUGGCUCUCGGAGCGGCGAGAGGAUCCAACAGACUGCUCUUCCGGCGGGUGCGCCGAAAAGAAACAUGAGCUGUCAGCUGGCGAGAAGGCAUGGCUCUCGGAGCGGCGACAGGAUCCUACAGACUGCUCUUCCGGUGGGUGCGUCGAAGAGAAACGUGAGCUGGCAGAUGGCGAGCAAGGACUGAAUGCACCAAACAGGGAGCAUAACACUGCACGCCAGCCUACAGCAGCGCCUACGCAAGCGCAAUCGCCGGCGCAUGACGACAGCCACGCGCAUGACAGCCACCAGCAGGACAGUAGCAGCCCGCUUCUCAAGGUUAACUUCUGGCUGACCCUGCUCAUAUCGGCGCUGGUGGCCGCGCUACUUUCGUGACCUAUUGUCACUUGUAAUAUAUGUACAGAUGUCGGUAGUAUUUACAAGUAGUAUUGAUCUGUUGUAAUAAAUGACGUCCUACUUAAUCA